CCAAAUCGAAUUCUGAAACACCGUACAAAACAUAAAUUUGUUUGCUAUUAUGGCUUCUUCAUUAAACAAUGGCCGUAAAGCAAGUGAGAUUUUUCAAGGUCAAGCUCUCUUGUACAAACAUUUGCUUGGCUUCAUAGAUUCUAAGUGUCUAAAAUGGAUGGUUGAGCUUGACAUACCCGACAUAAUCCACAGCCAUAGCCAUGGCCAACCCAUUACUUUUUCAGAGUUGGUGUCAAUUCUACAAGUCCCACCAACUAAAACUCGUCAGGUGCAGAGCCUCAUGCGUUAUCUAGCACACAAUGGAUUCUUUGAGAUAGUAAGAAUCCAUGACAACAUAGAAGCAUAUGCUCUCACUGCUGCUUCAGAGUUACUUGUCAAAAGCAGUGAGCUUAGUUUAGCUCCAAUGGUUGAGUAUUUUCUUGAACCAAAUUGUCAAGGUGCAUGGAACCAGUUGAAGAGGUGGGUUCAUGAGGAAGAUCUCACAGUAUUUGAGGUCUCCUUAGGAACACCUUUCUGGGACUUUAUCAAUAAAGACCCUGCAUAUAACAAGUCAUUCAAUGAGGCAAUGGCUUGUGAUUCUCAGAUGUUGAACUUGGCGUUUAGAGAUUGCAAUUGGGUCUUUGAGGGACUGGAAUCCAUUGUGGAUGUUGGUGGUGGAACUGGAAUCACAGCAAAGAUUAUCUGUGAGGCUUUUCCUAAGCUGAAAUGCAUGGUGUUGGAACGUCCAAAUGUUGUGGAAAAUUUGUCAGGAAGCAACAAUUUGACAUUUGUUGGUGGGGACAUGUUUAAAUGCAUCCCCAAGGCUGAUGCAGUUCUGCUUAAGUUGGUUUUACAUAAUUGGAAUGACAACGAUUGCAUGAAGAUAUUAGAAAAUUGUAAAGAAGCUAUUUCAGGUGAAAGCAAAACAGGAAAAGUAGUUGUCAUAGAUACUGUGAUAAACGAAAACAAAGAUGAGCGCCAAGUUACUGAACUAAAGCUCCUUAUGGAUGUACACAUGGCAUGUAUUAUUAAUGGAAAAGAGAGAAAAGAAGAAGAUUGGAAGAAACUCUUCAUGGAAGCAGGGUUCCAAAGCUACAAAAUAUCUCCCUUCACAGGAUAUUUGUCUCUUAUUGAGAUCUAUCCUUGAAUACUGACGCUGCAAUAUUCCAUUUAGUAGUUAAUUUGCAUGUUAUCAAUAAAAUAAAAGUUAUCUUUGUGUUCG